GCCAGUUAACAAUCGUGGUGGUUUGUCCGGCGGGUUCCAGCGACUGUCUGGUGGAGAGACCCCAGUCGUGUGUUGACCGUGGCAGGAGGAGGUGUUGCUCUGACCGGCGAGUCAAUAUUGUCGCUUUUAUUAAGGUCUAAUUUUUGAGUGUUAGACAAUACCAGCAACACACUUGGUCAGCGUAUUGACACUAGGGCCCAGUGAUACUGGUGGUUGUGAUAUGGACUUAUUUAGGGUUUUUUGUAAGAGUUAAAAGUUUGUUUUACCGUCUUGAAGUACCUAUAUUUCUUUUGAGGUAUUAACACAAGGUGAAGACGGUUGAGUGUUCCUGGUGCAGGAGUCUGUGAUCACUGCGUCUCGCUGCCCACUCCACCACCAGGUUGGAACACAGGUGGGAUGAGCUCAACAGUGGCCAGGUGUCUGAUGGAUGGUCGGCAGAGUGCAGGCUCUGCACCACUACCUGUUCAUGGUGAUGACAAUACUGUUACUCCAGCCCCGCAGGAAGUCCACUGCUCGUCCCCUAACGCGCUGGCCGUGCCCUUAACAACGGAGUCGUGGCCAGCCCUGCAGGACGUCCACGGCUCUUCCACAGACACAGUCGCCAUGCCCUCCCCUUUAGUGUGUGGUUCAGCACCCGCUAAACCGGACCUCUGUAUAAACACAGAAGGUGCUACAGGUGCAGUGGAAGGUGAGGUGGACGCAGGUGGCGUUCACACCCCCGCCACAGAGCCACAAGGAAGGCGACGGUGGCCGUGCUGGAGGAAGAACCUGUGGGGAAGGUCCAAAAGCAAAGAUUCCCGUCGAGACGAGGAAGGUGGCGAAGACAGCUGUGGAGUGAAGACUAAAGGUGAAGACAGCAGUGAGGGAACUUCGACAGUGGUCUGGUCGUUCACCCGUCAACAGUGGCUGCUGCUGAUGGUGCUGUGUCUGGGCGCCCUCACCUCCUCCUUCGCCGUCUGUCUCUUCCCGCCCUUCUUCCCUCAUGUUGCGCAGCAAAAAGGCUGCUCUUCGACGGUCUUUGGCCUCAUCAUCGGCACGAACUGCUUGACUGCCUUCCUCGUCACACCUAUCAUCGGGAAAAAGCUCAGGACUAUAGGAGUCAAGUUUGCCUUCUCCGCUGGUGUCUUCUGUAGCGGCGGCUGCUGCUUUCUCUCCGGGUUCCUAGAGUGGUUUGCUCCUGGGCCAGUGUUUGUGAUCAUGGCUAUAUUGAUCCGCAUGACUCAAGCUACGGCGAAUGCUGGGAUCAGCACCGCUACGUUCGCCUAUAUUGGCCUAGAGUUUCCUGACACCGUGGCUAAAGUCUUCGCGUGGACACGGACCACUAUGAACCUGGCGCAGAUGUUCGGGCCGGUGGUGGGCGGCGCCUUGCUGCAGGUCGGAGGCUUCAAGCUUCCCUUCAUUGUCAUGGGAACCGUGCAGAUGUCAAUGACCUUAAUUGCCCUUUAUUGUCUUCCAUACUACUGUGAAGAAGAAGAAUCGGAGAAAUGUGAGGAGGUGAAGAUCUGGAAAGUGUUUGCCAUCAAAGGCAUCUGGAUUUCCUUCAUCACCUUCAUCUUCUCCACCAUGAGCAAUGGAUUCCUCUCCAUCACCUUAGAGCCCCAGGUCCUAAGAAAGUACCAUUUAAGUCCGCUGUACGUGGGCCUGUUGUUUGGCUUGAAGGAUGGCGCCAACAGUUUGGCGUCACCCUUUUGGGGUUACAUGUGUGACCGCUACGACCGCGUCAAGAUCUUCAUCUUCUUCUCCUCCUGCUUGGCGUUCGUGUCAUUCUUCUUGCUGGGACCCUUCCCUGGAGUCCCCAUCACCAGGACGUUGAGCGUGGUGAUCGUGGCGUUGGUGCUGAACGGUGUUGGUAUUGGCGGGCAGCAGGUGUCAGGGGUGGUGGACGCCAUGAGGGAGGUCGUGGGUUCUGGGUUCCCAGACGUUGCUGGAACUCAUGGCUGCGUGGCAGGGUUGUGGGCUUCUCUGUCAGGCGUCGGCAGGUUUACCUCAAGAACUGGCUCUGGGUUCCUGGUCGACAUGAUGGGCUUCCGUAAGGCUUCGGUCAUCGUUGUCGGCCUCCACGGGUUUCUUGUGGUGAUGACGGCGGGGUACCUCGUGUGCUGCCGGCGAGGGCGCAGCUCCCGGCCCUGCCUCCCGGAGGCGCGCGCAGACACCAGCCCGACGGCUAAGCGGAGGAGAGAGGUGAUCCUCACUACGUCUCCCUCUGAGCCAUUCACUACAAAAACUGUGAAUUUGAAUUAUAGGGAAGACAUAGAGGACUCGAUCUUCUGUGGCUCGGCGCCCAUACCAACUUCCACAAGGUAUGCCCGCAACAACCUCAUGAGCACGACACAAAAUUUAGAAUCUGUUUAACUUUGGGCAGUACGAAAUGUUUUAUGACCAACUAGUCUGUGAUACAAGAACUGCUGCCGAGCAAUGCUGGAUUUCACAUCCCCCCCCCCAUAUGACACGUGCCCCCACCACCCAUAUGACCCUCCAUAUCUCAACACCCCAUAUAUGCCCUUCACAUCACCAGUAGCCCCUACAUCCUCAAUAUACCCCCACGUGCACAACCCCCCCCCUUCCCCACCCACAUGCACAACCCCCCCCCUUUCCCCACCCACAUGCACAACCCCCCC